CAACAAUUAAGUAGUUAUGCAAGCGCACUAAGUAAAAGGCACUUGCUACCCUUCCUAUCAUCGACUCAAGUCCCAUCAGUUCGUGUCCUUUUACUUAGUUGAACGCAGUUCAUCUUAAAGCUGUUUUUCUCCCAUCUUUUCCGACACUUUAAUCGUAGCCGUCCAGUGAUCAGAUCAUGAGGCCACGAACAUCGUGGUUUUCCACUGGAAACAUCCUUGGUUUUCUUCAAAACUUGGGGCGGAUGCUUCCCGGAAAGAGCUAAAGAUUGGGAGCGGAACGCUUCCUGGAAAGAACCAAAAAGUGUCCCUUCGGUGCUAUAUAUACUCUGUUGCAACACUAAAAAAACCACUGCGAUUUUUUUCGCUUGAUUGGAACCACUCUAGUGCUGUAAACAGUAAUACAACACCAUGACAUCCCGUGAACCCUCCUCUUCAAAACUCUGGAACUACGAUGUGUUCUUGAGUUUUAGAGGUGAAGAUACACGCAAUGGCUUCACGAGCCACCUUCACGCGGCUUUACAAGGCAGGGGCCUCGAUGCCUUUAUUGAUGAGGACAAUCAAAGAGGGGGAGAAAUAAAACCCGAACUGUUGCGGGCAAUCGAAGAGUCCAGAAUCUCGGUCAUUGUCCUCUCAAAGAGUUACGCGGAAUCAAGAUGGUGUCUUGACGAGCUGGUGAAGAUCAUGGAAUGUAGAGAAAGGCUGGAGCAACAGGUCUUGCCAAUAUUCUAUCAUGUCGAUCCUUCACAUGUGAGGAAGCAAGAAGGUUGUUUAGCCCGAGCAUUUCAGAAGCACGAUGACAUCCUUGAAGAAAAAGAUGACAACGAACGUGAAGCUAAGAAAGAAAGGGUAAAGCAGUGGAGAGAGGCUCUCACUCAAGCUGCAAAUUUGUCUGGCCACCAUCUUAAUAACGGGCCUGAAGCAAAGGUUAUUAAGACAAUUGUUGAGGAGAAUAUUCUGGAAAUGCUUCCUGGCAUAGAUGAAUUACAGGUGGCCAAGUACCCGGUUGGAAUCAACUCUCGUGUUCAACCAAUUAUCAGUUAUCUUUUUAGUGGUGGAUUAAAUGAUGUUAAAAUGGUUGGAAUUUGGGGGAUGGGUGGAUUGGGCAAAACAACUGCUGCCAAUUCCAUUUAUAACAAAAUUCACCAUCGAUUCCAGUUUAAAUGUUACCUUGGCGAUGUUAGCAACACCGAACGUAGAUAUGGUUUGGUUGAUUUGCAAAAACAACUUGUUUCUAGCAUUUUGAAACAAACCACCAUAUGCCAGAUAAAUAAUGUCCAGAGAGGGAUCAGUGUAGUAAAAGGAUGCCUUCGACCUAGAAAAGUACUUCUUGUUAUUGAUAAUGUAGAUAAAGUGGAGCAACUAAGUGCAAUAGCUGGAGAUCGUGAGUGGUUUGGUCCAGGAAGUAUAAUUAUCAUAACAACAAGAGAUGAGCAUUUACUAAAUCCAGUGAGAAUGAAUAUGAGAUAUGCAGCUGAGAAAAUGAAUAAGGAGGAAGCUCUUGAGCUUUUCAGUUGGCAUACAUUUGAAAAUAAUUGCCCUAAAGAAGAAUAUCUUGAAUUGUCAAAGAAGGUAGUUUCUUACUGUGGAGGUUUGCCGUUAGCACUCAAGGUUUUAGGCUCCUCUCUUUUUGGUAGACCCACAAGAGAGUGGCAAAGCUAUUUGGAGAAAUUAAAAAGAAUACCUGAAGGAGAAAUUAUAGAAAAACUCAAAAUAAGCUUUGAUGGGUUGGAUUAUAAUCAAAAAACUAUAUUCCUUGAUAUAUCUUGUUGCUUUCUUGGCUUGGAGAAGGAUCAUGUCACAAAAAUAUUAGACGAAUGUGGCUUCUAUGCAACAAGCGAAAUCAGUGUUCUUCGUGAACGGUGUCUUAUAACUGUUGAAUCGGGCAAACUAAAGAUGCAUGAUUUGAUUCAAGAAAUGGGCAAGGCAAUCAUUUCUGAAAAAUCUCCUACUCAGCCUGGAAGAUGGAGUAGACUCUGGAAUUCUGAAGCCAUAACAGACGUGUUGACAAAUAAAUCUGGAACUGAAGAAAUUGAAGCACUUUCUCUAGAUUUGCCAAGCUCUAAAAAAAAGGCUAGUUUCAGUACAAAAGCAUUUGUCAAUAUGAAAAAACUGAGAUUGCUACGGCUCAACAAUGUAACGCUUACUGGAAGCUUCAAACAUUUUCCGAAAGAGUUGAGAUGGUUGCGCUGGCAUGGAUUCCCUUCCAAGUACAUGCCAGAGCACCUUCUUAAUCAGCCAAAACUUGUUGCUCUUGACCUGCGGUUCAGCAACCUCAGAAAAGGCUGGAAGAAUUCCAAGCCGCUCGAAAAUUUGAAAAUCCUUGAUCUUCAUAGGUCCUGGAAGUUAAAAAAGUCACCACACUUUUCAGGACUCCCAAAUCUCGAAGAAUUGAAUUUUUCACACUGUUAUAGUUUGUCCAAGAUUCACCCAUCCAUCGGUCAACUUAAAAAACUCACUAGGGUAGAUUUUGCAUUAUGCGUUAAGCUUAGUUAUCUUCCAGCGAAAUUCUGUAAGUUGAACUCUGUUGAGACUCUUUGUCUGUUGGAUUGUUGUGCAUUAAGAGAACUGCCUGAGGGCUUAGGGGAGAUGGUAUCAUUGAGAAAACUUAAUGCAACUGGAACAGCCAUAAAACAAUUCCCCAACGACCUUGGGCGUCUAAUUUCUUUACAAGAGUUGAUAGUUAGGGAUUGCAGAAAUCUUCGUGCAAUCCCCGAUUUACCAACAAAUUUGGAAGUCUUGGAAGCAAGUGGAUGCCCUGCAUUGGAAACAAUGCCAAACUUUUCGCAAAUGUCAAACAUGAGAAAACUGUAUCUAAUUAAUUCGCCCGAAGUCACAGAGGUUCCAGGUUUAGGCUUGGGUAAAUCAUUAAACUCCAUGGCGGAGCUUCAUAUGUAUAGGUGCACCAAUCUCACAGCUGAGUUUAGGAACAACAUCCUACAGGAAUGGACUUCUUGCGGAGCUGGUGGAAUUAUACUGAGUGGGAUUUAUGGUAUUCCAAAGUGGUUUGACUUUGUCGCUGACGGCAAUAAAGUCAGUUUUGAUGUUCCUCAAUGUAAAUGUCGUAAUUUUAAAGGGUUGACACUCUGCUGGAUUGGUUGGCAAUACUACAGUUUAAGUGUUGCCUUUACUGUUGUAAAUUGUACCAAGCAUACUACUUCGAGGGUCUCUAUGCCUUCUUGGGGAGCUUGGGGAGUAACAGUGGAUCAUUUUCAGCAGGUACAAUUAUCGAACGAUCAGCUCAAGCUCAAUUUGCAAGGCGGGGACAAGAUUGUUAUUCUUAUAGAGGGUCUUAAAGCGAAGAAAACAGGGGUAAAUCUAGUAUGGGACAAACCUUUGAAGGAAAACAAGCAUGUUGAUUCGGGCAUUUAUUACUAUGAAUAUGAAUCUGAAGCAGUUCCAGAUUGGUUGUAUGAUGAGUCAAGUCCGGGACCAAGCCAUGGCGCAUAUGAUAAUCAUCCCACUACAAUGACGACUCCUACAGAUGAACCCAAACGGAAAAGGCAAAAGGUUUGAAGAGAGAGCAUUGCCAGAUCGGUUGAGUAGUCGCUAUUCCUGCAUUAUACUCUCCCGCAGACCAUGUCAGCUGUCUUUCUCGUUUUCCAGCUCCAUUAUUCGGACAUUUGAUUUGAUCGCAUCCAACAGAUGAUUUGUUCCUCAUUUUACUGACAAUUCAUUUGCGAUAUUGACUAGUUGUUCAGUUGUUAAUUGGUGUAUGCUUUACAGAUAUCCAUAUUCUCUUGUGGAACCAAAUUAUUAGCAUCA